GCAAGACAUGUUUACGUUGACAAACAAACAAAAAUUAAGCAAGUCAUGUUCGUAGCAAUAAAUUAAUAGUGGGAACAAUUAAGUUAAGCGAAAAAGGAAAAAAAAAGGUACAAAAAUGAAAACAAAAUCAAACUGAAUGAAAAUUUGGAGUCCAGAAUCGGAAAAACGAGGCCGUUUUAGAGCUUAAUAAGCUUCCUCAUUUGUCUCUUCUUCGUCAGUUUAUUUUCUUCCUCCGGAGUCCUGACUCACUACUCUCACUCUCCGGCGCUUUAAACUUACGUUCUCCGUCGUUUACUCUGUAAGUUUUCUGCCUUAGAGCCUCCGAUCGCCUCACCGCAUGCAUUCUGUGCUCGAUUUCUCUUUUUCUUCGCUGGAAAAAUUGCCCUAAUGUUCUCGAUUUCGAAGGUUUUUGUGCUAUGGGUUACUUUUUUCCCUAUAUUUUAUAGUUCUUAGGUAACGAUACCUGCGUCUUACUGUUUUUGUUCAUUUUGUUGUGCUUUCACCGUUUAGUCGCUGAUCGGAGUAUUUGACUGUGAAAAAUCCUUCGUUUUUUGGUUUUUGUUUCAUAUAAAUCGGAUUGAUCUACCUUUUGUGCUUUGAUGUUUGUUUUUUGAGCCUAUGCGUUGUUGGCUUGUUAUAACUUCACGUUCAUGUGUGGAUUUUGAGAUUUUGGUAGUGACUGUGGGUUUCUUUGGUGGCUAUAGGUUGUAAAAAUGAGUUCUAGGGCUGGUCCAAUGUCUAAGGAAAAGAACGUUCAGGGUGGUUAUAGGCCUGAGGUUGAACAGUUGGUUCAAGGUUUGGCAGGGACGAGACUGGCUUCUUCACAAGAUGAUGGAGGAGAGUGGGAGGUCAUUUCCAAGAAGAACAAGAACAAACCAGGAAACACUUCUGGAAAAACUUGGGUUUCUCAGAAUUCGAAUCCUCCUAGAGCUUGGGGUGGUCAGCAGCAAGGGAGAGGUAGCAACGUAUCUGGGAGAGGAAACAAUGUAUCCGGGAGAGGUAACGGCAAUGGUCGGGGCAUUCAAGCUAACAUAUCUGGUCGGGGACGAGCGUUGAGCAGAAAGUAUGAUAACAACUUUGUGGCACCCCCACCUGUAUCUCGCCCUCCUUUGGAAGGAGGAUGGAAUUGGCAGGCAAGAGGAGGUUCUGCUCAGCACACAGCUGUGCAGGAGUUUCCUGACGUGGAGGAUGAUGUGGAUAAUGCUUCUGAGGAAGAGAAUGAUUCCGAUGCUUUGGAUGAUUCUGAUGACGACCUUGCAAGUGAUGAUUAUGACUCGGAUGUGAGUCAAAAGAGCCAUGGAUCACGAAAGCAGAAUAAGUGGUUCAAAAAGUUCUUUGGCAGCUUGGAUAGCUUGUCGAUCGAGCAGAUAAAUGAACCACAGAGGCAGUGGCAUUGUCCAGCUUGUCAGAACGGACCUGGUGCCAUCGAUUGGUAUAACCUGCACCCUCUACUAGCUCAUGCGAGGACAAAAGGAGCUAGGCGAGUUAAGCUCCAUAGAGAAUUGGCUGAAGUUUUAGAAAAGGAUCUACAGAUGAGAGGCGCAUCUGUCAUUCCUUGUGGUGAGAUUUAUGGGCAGUGGAAGGGUUUGGGUGAGGAUGAAAAGGAUUAUGAAAUUGUCUGGCCUCCAAUGGUCAUCAUCAUGAAUACUAGACUGGAUAAGGACGAUAACGAUAAGUGGCUCGGCAUGGGCAACCAAGAGCUGCUGGAAUACUUCGACAAGUAUGAGGCUCUUAGAGCACGCCAUUCCUAUGGUCCACAGGGCCAUCGUGGGAUGAGUGUUCUGAUGUUUGAGAGCAGUGCCACUGGCUAUUUGGAGGCCGAACGCCUCCACCGGGAGUUAGCUGAGAUGGGGUUAGAUAGAAUUGCCUGGGGUCAGAAGCGCAGUAUGUUUUCUGGAGGUGUUCGCCAACUGUAUGGCUUCCUUGCAACGAAGCAAGAUCUGGACAUAUUCAAUCAACACUCUCAAGGCAAAACAAGGCUGAAAUUCGAGUUGAAAUCAUACCAAGAGAUGGUUGUAAAGGAGCUGAGGCAGAUCUCUGAGGACAAUCAGCAGCUGAACUACUUUAAGAACAAGCUCUCAAAACAGAACAAGCACGCCAAGGUGCUUGAGGAAUCUCUGGAAAUUAUGAGCGAGAAGCUGCGUAGAACUGCAGAGGAUAAUCGGAUCGUGAGACAGAGAACUAAGAUGCAGCAUGAACAGAACAGGGAAGAGGUAUGAUUUUUCCUAGAAAAUCACAAACUUGACAUUUUGUAUUACCUACUGAUUCACAUUUUUGAUUAUAUUGUCCAACAAAAAACCUGUGGUGGUUUGAAGAUGGAUGCACACGACAGGUUUUUCAUGGAUUCAAUCAAACAGAUCCAUGAAAGAAGAGACGCAAAGGAGGAGAAUUUCGAGAUGUUGCAGCAGCAGGAACGUGCCAAGGUUGUUGGCCAGCAGCAGCAGAACAUUAAUCCCUCUAGCAAUGACGAUUGCCGAAAGAGAGCUGAGGAAGUGUCAAGCUUCAUCGAGUUUCAAGAGAAAGAGAUGGAGGAGUUUGUGGAAGAGAGGGAGAUGCUGAUAAAAGAUCAAGAGAAGAAGAUGGAAGACAUGAAGAAGAGGCAUCACGAGGAGAUAUUUGAUCUGGAGAAAGAAUUUGAUGAGGCUUUGGAACAGCUCAUGUACAAGCAUGGCCUUCACAAUGAAGAUGAUUGAGACAAAAGUCUGGUACACAAGACAAGACUAAGUUUCUUUGUUUUGCUUUUGGUAUGUCGGAAAGUAGGAGAUCUGAGAGACUCCAUUUAAAUACUAGGACAAAUCUAAGGAGAUUAUAGAUUAUUAUCCUCCAAUUUUUAGUAGACGGAUCUAAGGAAGCAUUAAGUUCUUGUGACUAAAACCAAGUUUCCUUAGUAUUUUGUUUUUUUUUGGUAAAAUUUCAUAUGAAAGUUAGACAUAUUACCAAACGUCAGAGUGAAUCACAGAAUGG